AUGGUCAACAAGCACAAGCCUUGGAUUGAGACUUCGUAUCAUGGAGUCAUAACUGAGAACAAUGACACGGUCAUUUUGGAUCCACCCCUUGUAGCCCUGGAUAAAGACGCCCCAGUGCCUUUUGCAGGGGAAAUCUGUGCAUUCAAGAUCCAUGGCCAGGAACUCCCCUUUGAGGCUGUGGUGCUCAACAAGACUUCCGGGGAGGGCCGCCUCCGGGCCAAGAGUCCCAUCGACUGCGAGCUGCGGAAGGAGUACACGUUCAUCAUCCAAGCCUACGACUGUGGCGCCGGGCCCCGGGAGACGGCCUGGAAGAAGUCUCACAAGGCUGUGGUCCAUAUCCAGGUGAAAGAUGUCAACGAGUUUGCCCCCGCCUUCAAAGAGCCAGCCUACAAGGCGGUUGUCACAGAGGGCAAGAUCUACGACAGCAUCCUGCAGGUGGAGGCUGUGGACGAGGACUGUUCCCCGCAGUACAGCCAGAUAUGCAACUACGAGAUCAUCACCACGGAUGUGCCCUUCGCCAUCGACAGGAAUGGCAACAUCCGGAACACAGAGAAGCUGAGCUCUGACAAGCAACACCAGUACGAGAUCCUGGUGACCGCCUACGACUGUGGGCAGAAGCCGGCCGCCCAGGACGCCCUGGUGCAGGUGGACGUGAAGCCUGCGUGCAAACCUGGCUGGCAAGACUGGACCAAAAGGAUUGAAUAUCAGCCUGGUUCAGGGAGCCUGCCCCUGUUUCCCAGCGUCCGUCUGGAGACAUGUGAUGGGCCCGUGUCCUCCAUCCAGAUCACCACCGAGCUGCAGACCAGCUCCAUUGGAAAAGGCUGUGACAGAGAAGCCCACUCCGAGAAAUCCCUUCAGAAACUCUGCGGAGCCACCUCGGGCAUCAUCGACCUCCUGCCAUCCCCAAGUGCUGCCACCAACUGGACCUCGGGACUGCUGGUGGACAGCAGUGAGAUGAUCUUCAAGUUUGAUGGCAGGCAAGGUGCCAAGGUCCCCGAUGGGAUUGUGCCCAAGAACCUGACAGACCAAUUCACCAUCACCAUGUGGAUGCAGCACGGCCCCAGCCCAGGUGUGAGAGCCGAGAAGGAAACGAUCCUCUGCAACUCCGAUAAGACAGAAAUGAACCGGCAUCACUACGCUCUGUACGUGCACAACUGCCGCCUCGUCUUCCUCUUGCGGAAGGAUUUUGAUCAGGCCGACACCUUCCGCCCUGCGGAGUUCCACUGGAAGCUGGACCAGAUUUGUGACAAGGAGUGGCAUUACUAUGCCAUCAAUGUGGAGUUUCCAGUGGUCACCUUAUACAUGGAUGGAGCAACAUAUGAACCAUACCUGGUGACCAAUGAUUGGCCCAUUCAUCCAUCUCACAUAGCCAUGCAACUGACGGUUGGCGCUUGUUGGCAAGGAGGAGAAGUCGCCAAGCCCCGGUUUACUCAGUUCUUCCACGGCAGCCUGGCCAGUCUCACUAUCCGCCCUGGCAAAAUGGAGAGUCAGAAGGUGAUUUCCUGCUUGCAGGCCUGCAAGGAAGGGCUGGAUAUUAAUUCCUUGGAGAGUCUCGGCCAAGGAAUAAAGUAUCACUUCAACCCCUCGCAGUCCAUCCUGGUGAUGGAAGGUGAUGACAUUGAGAACAUCAACCGUGCCCUCCAGAAGGUCUCCUACAUCAACUCCAGGCAGUUCCCAACAGCAGGUGUGCGUCGCCUGAAGGUCUCUUCAAAAGUCCAGUGUUUUGGAGAAGACGUGUGCAUUAGCAUCCCCGAUGUGGACGCCUACGUGAUGGUUCUGCAGGCCAUCGAGCCCCACAUCACCCUGCGGGGAACCGAGCGAUUCUGGAGGCCUGCCGCUCAGUUUGAAAGUGCCAGAGGGGUGGUCCUCUUCCCAGACAUCAAGAUUGUGAGCACCUUUGCCAAAGCUGAGCCUCCCGGGGACCUGAAAACCACAGCCCCCAGAGCCACGGUCUUAGAAGAAAUGCUGCACAAUCUAGAUUUCUGUGAUAUUUUGGUGCUUGGAGGAGACUUGGACCCGAGGCAUGAGUGCUUAGAGCUCAGCCACAGUGAACUCCACCAACGACACCUGGAUGCCACCAACUCCACUGCAGGUUACUCCAUCUAUGGUGUGGGCUCCAUGAGUCGCUAUGAGCAGGUGUUACACCACAUCCGCUACCGCAACUGGCAUCCAGCUUCACUUGAGGCCCGGCGGUUCCAGAUCAAGUGCUCUGAACUAAACGGGCGCUAUACUAGCAAUGAGUUCAACCUGGAGGUCAGUGUCCUCCAUGAGCUCAGAGUCUCAGACCAGGAGCAUGUCAAUCACCUCAUCGUGCAGCCUCCCUUUCUCCAGUCCGUCCAUCACCCUGAGUCUCGGAGCAGCAUCCGGCGCAGUUCAGUGGUCCCAAGCAUCGCCACAGUGGUCAUCAUCAUUUCCGUGUGCAUGCUGGUGUUUGUCGUGGCCAUGGGUGUGCACCGGGUCCGCAUUGCCCACCAGCACUUCCUGCAGGAGACGGAGGCUGCCAAGGAGGCCGAGAUGGAUUGGGAUGACUCUGCACUGACCAUUACUGUGAACCCCAUGGAGAAACACGGAGAACCAGGACGUGGAGAGGACGAGACGGAAGAGGAGGAGGAGGAAGUAGAGGAAGACAUCAGCUCCAGCAGCAGCGACUCGGAUGACAGUGAAGAGGAGGAGGAGGGGGAGGAGGAGAUGGGCCGAGGCAGACAUGGGCAGAGUGGAGUUAGGAAAGCCCAGCUGGAGUGGGAUGACUCCACCCUUCCCUACUAGCACCCGGCCAUCUGCGCCCAGCCUGUGUGUCCCUUUUGUAAACAUGUUCCCCCCACUGUCUGCUCAAGUUUAUCACACCUUGCCUCUGGUUUCUGUGACAGGUCUGGAAGGCCUGCCCCAGGCUUCUGCAACACACUCCCCUUCAUUCCGUGGAUACUCCUCAUGUCCCAGCCCUGGGGAAAUCCCAAGAAGCCCAGCAUUGGCCUAAGUGGGGACUGUAGGCUGGCCUUCCUCCUGUAGCCCCUCACUCGCCCUCUCUGAGUUCCCCCCGCAUCCUGGAGCUCACGUGUAAAAUUCUGCCUUUGCUCUUUUCUGCAGGGGAGAGCUUGGCCUUUCUGUCUCUCGCCUCUCCUAGUCUCACUGCCCCCCCCCCCAAGCGCUUGGUUUCCAACUCACUGUGCGUGCACCGACUAAAUGGCCCCCCUCCACACAGAGCCACAGGUUCUCCUUACCCAGCCCCUCCAGGCUGCAGGGAGGUGGGGUGAGCUCACACACCUAAGGUCUUGUUACUUAACACACUUUUAUGGACAGCCCUUGUUGAGGCAGGAUAAAUUCACAGGAAAAGGAGUACAUGUGUACACACACACACACACACACACACAGUGUGGAGGGCCUCCAUGUUAGCUCCUUUCUGAGGUCACAUAAGCUUCAGUGAAAAACCAGAAACCAAGAGCAGGUCUUUGACAAUGGCAGAGCCUGGUCCACAGCCAAGUGACUGAGCUGGGCUUCCUGACCAGCUGGGAUGCUCACCGCUCAAAAUCAUCGCACCCAGCAUGCUGUCAACUCAGACAUGGUCCAAGGCUCAGCAGCCUAGCAGCCAAGAGUCUGCGGAAGGGCUGAUGAUACAGCACAGGGGGCUUCACACGGAUGCAAAUCAGGAGGAUGGGUGGAGGUGGUUAGGCUGUGUCCCAGACUAGACGGCGGCCUGGGCUUGACCAGACUCCUCAUCACAGGGUCUCAUGGCCCGUCUCCUAUUUCACACUUUUUCUUUUGAGAAGACACAUUCCUCUCCGAUGUUUUAGAGCUCAAGCGUAAACUGUUCUGAGAAUAAAUGGAAUGUUUGGACAUUUCACUGCUAGGAAUUAGAAGCAUGUUUGCGAUAAUAGCUUUUUCUUUCUUUUCCCCAUAAAAGGAGCAGCCUUUGGGGGGAGGGCAAAGGUAUCUAAAACCUAAUUCUCUCUUCCUUUCUUCUUUUUUAAUAAGGAAAUCUUUUCCAUCUCUGUCCUAACACGGACACUUUAUGAUGAGAACGGUUGCUAUAGGAACUGGUCUGUGAUCUUUCGUGCCCAAGAAACAAGCUGGCAAGAAUUAAGGCUGUGGUAGGACUUUUGUGACACUCGGAAAUGAGCUCUGUUUAAAUUGUGAGCUCCUCUUGCCCUCAGUACCCACAGUCCACUCUCCGCUGCCCAGCCCUCCCUGCCUCAAGUCCAGCCCAUUUUGGCUGGUCCCUGGUCAAAGUGGCAUUUGGGUUAAAAAGACAAUUUAAAAUCUGUCCCUGUGCUAUCAAAGCAGGGGGUGCUUAAGAAGUGAGAGAGGAUUACCAAUGUCUUCUGGUAUGAUCCCCCACCCCCCAAUCCCCCCUCAGGGUCUGUGGCAGGGGCAGGUCUUUACAGGCUUCUGAUUUGGGAGACCCUCUUCAUGCAGCUGGUCCCAUCUCCUAAAGUGCUUUUGACGUCUGUUCCCUCCAUGGAGUCUGGAGAUGACCCUGUGAGGUAGUUGGGCCCUCUCCUGUUAGACACAGCUUGUCCAUGAGUGUUCUGAGGCUCGGAGAUGGCUCGGGGUCUUCGCAGAGACACUCAGCAUUACAGACAAGACUGGACGCCCCGGCCCCCAUUCCUGCCCACAACCUUGAUGCUUCUUAUGUACGCUGUGAUGCACCUAAUAGGCACUUCUGGAUACUACCGUGUGCUAAGCGCUCUCCCCACACCUGUGCCAAUGGGGAGACUAUGGGAGAUCAGCUCUUGUCCUCAGAGACUUGAACGAGAGCAGAAACAGUCAUAGAAACUAUCCAGAGAGAUGAGAGGGAGGGAGAGAAGUCCCGGGAAGCAGUGGGACAUGUCCACACCCUCGACUGCUGGACAGCGAUAUGGAGUGCACGCUCGCUGGCAGGAAGUAGACGCUCCUCUUAUGGAGUCUCCCAGCCAAGUCGUCUUUUUUUUUUAAGUCAGGCUGUCUCUGCACAUUGGCAAGAAGGACAUUUCUAGGAUGGUUAGUCCUCACAGUCUCCUUAUUCAAAUAAUAGAUGUUCAGCUAAAAGCUGGUUGCAAUCUUCAGAAAUUAUGGUGGUGGAGUGAAUACUUUACAUGUUUAAAAGCAGUUCUUUUGAAAUUCAAUUUUGGUUUUAAAUACUUAAGUCUUAUGCUGAGGAGAGCACUUCCUCUCGGCUUAGUCUUUCAGGGUUGGUUGGGGUCCGCGUGCCCUUUGGCUGCCUCUGAUGCUUCAUUGUUUAUUCCUGGGGAGGCAGCCCUUUGGAGCAUUGUGAAGCCUGUGUGUGUCUGGGGGGCUUUGGCCAGGGGAGGGGAGAAAACAAGUGAGAGUGGUACUUAGCUAGGGCAACGGUGAAGAAUCAUUUGAGGAGGUCUUUGGUGACUACACAGAUUAACAGCAAUCCAAAGGAGCCCUUUCCCUUAGCUCUGGCUGUGAGGGGUCAUAUUGUGAGGCAGUGGGACUAUGAUGUUGCAUCAGCAGACAUAUCAUUUCCCAAUUACCAAUUCAUCACUAUGGUGAGCAUAUCACCGGAGCCAACCCAGCCCCAACCCACAACUGUCUAGUUCAUAGAACUCUGUAUGUCCAGGAUUUCCAGGAAGCCCUGGCAGUGUAAUGCUCACUGUUUGGGCUGGGAACAGCAAGGGCAGCAGUUCAAAACCACCAGCUACUCUGAGGGAGAUAGGCAGGGCUUUCUACUCCCCAAA